CCUCACCUACCGUUAGUGACUUGUACUCUAUCUCCGUUCUUUAUAUAUAACCCUCUCCCUUGCCUCUCUUUCCACUCUUCAAAUAAAGCAGCAAAAUCUUAUCUUAGCUACCCCAACACAAUAUCCUAUCCUAAUACCCAAACAAACGCAAAAUGGGAGAGCAAAAGGACCAACCAAAGAAAGAAACCGAGAAGAAGCCCGAGGAGGGAGCCGCCAAGAAAGACGACGCUCCGGCCCCCGUCGUUUACAAGCUCGACUUGCAUUGCGAGGGAUGCGUCAAGAAGAUCAAACGCACCGCUCGCCACUUCCCAGGUGUGGAAAACGUUAAAGCAGAUCUAUCGGCUAACAAAGUCACGGUUACCGGUAAAAUCGACGCCGAGAAGCUGCGAGAGAAGCUCGCCGAGAGAACUAAGAAGAAGGUUGAGCUCGUCUCUCCUCCGCCGAAGAAAGACGCCGAGAAACCGCCGGAGAAGAAGCCGGAAGAGAAGAAACCAGAAGAAAAUAAGCCUAAAGAGAGCACGGUCGUUUUGAAGAUCAAACUGCACUGUGACGGUUGCAUUGCGAAGAUUCGACGAAUCAUUCUGAGGUUCAAAGGUGUUGAAACGGUGAGCCUCGACGGAAGCAAGGACCUGGUGACGGUGAAGGGAACGAUGGACGUGAAGGAGAUGGUGCCGUACCUGAACGAGAAGCUGAAGCGAAGCGUCGAGGUGGUUCCGGCGAAGAAGGACGACGAUAAGAAAGAGAAGGAAGGCGGUGGCGGCGAGAAGAAAGAGAAGGCGGAAGGCGGAGAGAAGAAAGAGAAGGCGGAAGGCGGUGGCGAAAAGAAAGAGGACGGUGGUGGUGCGGCGGCGGAGGCGGCGAAGGUGGAGGUUAACAAAAUGGAGCAUAUGUACCCGAUGGCGCCUCCUUCGUUCUGGUACGAUGGACAGUUUCCCGGUCAAACGAGUUACGCUAUGCCUAUGGAGGUUCACCCAGGGUACGCUAAUGGUAAUAAUCAUUACGUGGAGCCAGGGUACGUGAACCAGGGUUAUCCUAUGCAGCCACCCUUACCGUACUACAUGAACCCUCACGCCCCUCCUCCGCAGAUGUUCAGCGAUGAGAACCCCCACGGUUGCUCCAUCAUGUGAUUCGUGUGAUGCUCCAUGCUUUUCGGUCACUUACGCAGGGACGGGAUACGGGAUACGGAAUACGCAAUACGCAUGCCGUAAUUUGUAAAUAAAAAAAGUGAAAAUUGAAGCGCGUGUAUAAAUUGAGGGAAUGGACUCCGUGUUGUUAAAAAUUAAUAUAGAGAAAUUUUAUAAUAUGGUAGAGUUUUGAUAUUAUUAUGUCAUAUCAUCGGAUAUAUAAUAUGUAUUUAGGUUGGUGUUUAGAGAUAGAGGAGAGCCGGCUGGCUGGAGAAUCCUGUCCAGAACUCACAUCACAUGAGUUGUUCUUUGUUAAUUUUUCUUAAUUUUUAAUAUCAGAAUAAAUAUAUUUUCAUUA